AUGUUUUUCGUGACUUAUAAUGGGGAUAGUCUGGUGCGGAGCGUGCACACGGGAUGGACUCCAGACAUGCAGAUGCGGGUGCUGUCUUAUAACCACGGAGCGCCUGUUAACGUCGGUAUUCCGGACAUCGCCUGCUAUUCGCCGGGGCGGGAUGUGGUGGUGCCGCCCCUGCUGACUCAGACACACGUCAUCCCCCCCUUGCUUGCACACACUGCUGCUGCUGGUGCCGCUAGUGCCGCCGCUGUACCUGCAGACGACGAGUCAGGUGGUUUUUCAGGUGCUUCUGCUGCUGCUGCUGCCGCCCCACCUGCGUAUGGAGGUCGCACUAUCCGUGUGCUGAUGGUGACGUCAGCGGCCAACAUGGCUGACAUCAACAACUUCAGGAUCAAGGAAGGAUUGCACCACAAUUAUCCGGUGGAGAAGUGGUUGAUAGAGAUCUACGCGACCAACGCAGCAGCCAUCGAGGGGUGGACGGUGGUGUUCCGGAACGACAAUGACGAGGCUUUAGGGGUCCGGGGGGAUGCGCCUGAAAUUACUCGUGCUGCUGCUUCUGCUGAUGGUGGUGGUGUUGCUGCUGCUGCUGCUGCUGAUGGUGCUGGUGGUGGUGAUGGUAGUGGUGGUGAUGAUUCUGGUGCUGCUGAUGGUGCUGCUGAUGGUGAUAGUGAUGAUGGUGCCAGUGUUGGUGACAACAGCGAGUGGGGCAGCAGUGUCUUCUGCCUCAUACCGCCUGGUCGCGCCCAGUGGACCUUCCAGCUCGCCAAGGCGAUCCUCUCAGGCUGCAUCCCAGUGACGUUCCUCCGUGCCAACGACAACCCCUGGGCCGCCUCACAGUACCACCACGCAGCAUCACCCUCAGCUGUCCCCUCGGCCCUCAACUACGCGGUGUUUUCGCUCAACAUCGACCCGGCAGCGGUGGACUCGCUCCCCCGCAGGCUGCAGGAGGCGUUUGAGCAGCCGGGGCUGGUGGAGCGGCUGCAGCACAACCUGGGGCUCGUGCAGCCGGGGCUCGUGGAGCGGCUGCAGCACAACAUGGGGCUCGUGCAGGUGAGUACUGGGGCAGGAGGGACUGGGGAUUGUCAAAGGGAGAUGUUCAAGUGGCAUGACGGAGCAUGGGAGGAGCUGCUAUCUCCUCACCACCUCCCACUCCCCACUUACUCCCCAUUCGCAUGCCCUCCUGCUCGUGCCACAGGAGAUGUUCAAGUGGCAUGA